AUGGACCACCCUACCGAAUCAGGCGCCCAGGUCCGGGUGACCUUCACCACCCAGGAGGAGGAUAUCCAGCUCGAUGAGAGCAAGCGCCAGCUCCUCGUCCCCGCCGACAUCCGCCGUUAUGGCCUCUCCCGUAUUCUCAACUCCGAGUCCAUGCUCGACACCGACUCGAUUCCCUUCGACUUCCUCGUUAACGGCAGCUUCCUUCGCGGCAGUCUCGAAGAGUACCUCAACGCCAACGGCCUCUCGCUCGAAACCAACAUUACCCUUCAGUACGUUCGCAGUUUGAUCCCACCAACAUACGAGGCCAGCUUCGAGCACGACGACUGGGUCAGCGCCGUCGAUGUCCUCUCUGCCACUUCCCCCGCGGGCCGCUGGUCCGGCGACAACUUCCAGCGCGGCCAAGACCGCAUCCUCUCUGCCUCGUACGACGGUCUCCUCAGGAUAUGGGACGCCUCCGGAAACGUGAUUGGCACCUCGCCCUCGGGCAGCCACGGUGGUCACACUGCCAGCAUAAAAGCCGCCAAGUUCCUCUCCAGCACUCAGAUCGCCUCGGCCGGCAUGGACCGCACAGUUCGCGUAUGGAAGUACACCGAGUCGGGCGAGUCGUACGAGCGCCGCGGCGAGCUGAAGCCCACCCUCGAGCUGUACGGCCACACCUCCUCGAUCGACUCUCUCGAGGUUGACGGCGCCUCCAAGCGCAUCCUCACUGCCUCCGCCGACGGUUCCAUCGGUUUCUGGACCACCUCCAAGGCCUCCGCGCCCGAAGUCUCCGACUCCUCGCUCCUCCCCGGCGCCCACACCUCCAAGCGCCGCAAGCUCACGACCUCCGUCACCGCCGCCCAGCGCGGCCCGCUCGCCCUCAUGAACAUCCACAACGCGCCCGCCACGGCCGCCGUCUUCGACCCGCGCGACCGCACCGUCGCCUACUCCGUGUCGCAGGACCACACCGUCAAGACCAUCGACCUGACCACCUCCAGCGUAGUCAGCACCUUCACGACCUCUCACGCGCUCCUCUCGCUCGCCGCCCUGCCGCGCUCCUCGGCCUCGGCGCCCCUCCUCGCCUGCGGCACCUCCGCACGACACAUCACCCUGGUCGACCCGCGCACCAGCACGGCGGCGACGAGCGUCAUGACGCUGCGCGGGCACGCCAACAAGGUGGUCAGCUUGGCGGCGAACCCGGAGAACGAGUACUCGCUGGUUUCGGGCUCGCACGACGGGACGUGCCGGAUCUGGGAUCUGCGGUCGGUCCGGCCGGCGACCAAGGACGAGGGCGGCAUGGGCAGCGUCAGCGAGCCCGUGUACGUCAUCGAGCGCGAGAGCCAGCAGGGCAAGAAGAAGAAGAGCGGCGUGACGGGCGACGGGUGCAAGGUGUUUAGCGUGGUGUGGGAUCAGCUGGGCAUCUUCAGCGGUGGUGAGGAUAAGAAGGUGCAGAUUAAUAAGGGGAGGGGUGUGAAUGCUGAGUAA